AUGGAGAAAGUUGCAGUUUCUGCUCAGUCAGAUCAGCUCCUAGCACCCAAUGGCAAGGGAGAGCCAGAGAGAAGAGAAGCAGAACCAGGUUAUUGGCCUGGCCCCCAGUCAUCAAAAGUGCUGGUGGCUGUUCUAGGCGCAGUCAUUGCCCUCCUCAUUCUCACAGUGAUCGUUACCACAGCUGUUUUGGCAGGGGGGAAAUCGACACCGUGUUUGGCUGCCGUCGCAUGCCCUGAAGGCUGGGUCGGGUACGGAGGGAAAUGUUACUAUUUCUCAGAUCUGGAAGGGAACUGGAGCUCCAGCCAGAGCCACUGCUCUUCCCUCGGCGCCUCCCUGGCUGGGAUCGACACCCUGCAGGAGAAGGCUUUCAUGCUGCGCUAUAAAGGUCUCCCAGACCACUGGAUCGGCCUCCAGAGGGAACAGGACCAGCCCUGGAAAUGGCCAAAUGGCACAGAAUUCAACAACCUGUUUGAAGUAACGGUCGAAGGAGACUGUGCUUAUCUGAAUGAGAAGGGUGUUGUGAGCUCUUCAAGGUGCUACACGAGGAGAAACUGGAUCUGCAGCAAACCAGAUGUAAUGAUGAAGAUGAAUGACAAUUCAGCAGGAAGGGACUGAAAAAUCUGAGAAUCACAGAGAUGUCACCAUUUCCUAACAACGCCAUGGAAUGAAAAUAGCACUUUAGCAAAGACCCAAUCAGCUUGACAAGUCGCACUGCGCUCAGAUCACUGUGAACCUUUUGCUGUUUAACACCUAAAACUAAAGACAGAAAAACAUCUAGGCACAAUAUAAUCAAGCUGAAAAGUCAGUGUCCCUGUUUCCCCUGCACAGUCAGUCAGUGGGCUGGAAAGACCCUUAUAAACAAUAGCAGGAGAUCUGCUGGGUGGAAGGAAUCACAAUUUACCAUUUGAAGGGCUCCAUCAGAAACUGGAAUUUAAAAAAAAUUGUUCAGUUUCAAAAGGUUCAAGUGGACAACGUCCUUUUAAUGUUAUUGGGGUGGGGGGAAACAUAUUGCUAUAUCUGUAUUCGUCUGUUCCUCGCCUAAAGGGGUCUUGUAAAUAUUUCAGGUGUGUGUUCAUGCUAGGGCCUGUGUUAGCCCCUCCACUUGUCCCUGUAGAAUGCGCCUUUGGGAAUUUUAGGGGAGGAGGGUGGUAUUAAUGCCAGUGCCUGUAUUAGCCAUUCUUUACGAAUGAUCCCAUAGAAUUAGCAUUUGUAUAUUGUGUGUGUAUAUCUAUCUAUAUAUUGUAUAUAGUGUGUAUUUUACUGUAUAUUAAUAUUAAACUUAUUAAAAUAA